AUCGCUUGGCAGCCACAAUUCUCGACGUGCGCAAUUAAAGACGUGAUUCUACGCGAGAUAGCCGUUCAUGUAAUUCGUUCGAUUACGCGGUGUGUGGGCAUGAAACAGGCAAAUAGUAUUAUGUGCAUAAUUAUCGGAGGCAUUGUUUUCAUAGUGAUGCAACUCUAUAUCUAAUUCCUAUAUCGAGAUACGGAUAUUUAAAGUUAAAGCAGCAGAGAAAAUUCGAAGGUGACAUCGCGACUAAGGAAUGGUCAAUGGAAUGUUAAGAAAUAUAACAAUGCCAAUACGUAUAUUCUUAAAUUGCAAAAAUGGCAAAUGGACUGGCAUUCUACUUGCACAUUCAGGAGAUGCGCGCGAAGAGAUCAACAGCAGCCAAGCUUGUACAUGAAUUUUCUACUGCCAUACUUUGUCCAUUCCAUUGCUGUCUGUCUGAGGAAUUCAUUGAUGAUCACCAAUCUUAUACUCGACGGUAUUCCUUUGGCGCCCAAGUGUCUAAAGAUUCUCAGUGAUGGCUUGAUAAGCAAUCGAAAUUUACGAAGCUUGUCGUUAGCCAGAUGUCGAAUAAGUGAUGCAGGAUGCGAUAUAUUGUUAGAAAAUUUGCAGUAUAAUUCAAGCCUUCAUAUUCUAAAUCUGUCGGCAUGUUGUCUUACUAAUAGAAGUGCCGCAUAUCUAUCACUAUUCUUCAAAAAGAGGAAAGCGGAUUUGCUGCAACAUGUUUGGAAAGAAUCAACAUUAUCUCGAGAAAAUAUUAGCACAACAACGGAGGGAGGUCUGCAAGUAUUAAUACUGGAUAGAAAUGAUAAAUUUGGUGAUGUCGGCUUACGACAAUUGAUGCGUACAUUGAAAAAUGAUUUUUGGUUGAAGAAAUUGCAUCUGCGAUGUUGUGGGAUCACGCAGCACGGAGCAGAGAUUGUGCUGGAGUUUUUGCAAACAAAUAGCGUGCUUGCACAGAUUGAUCUUAGGGAUAAUGAGCUGCCGGUCGACAUGUUGCGAACUAUUUGUAACAUUCUGAAGAGAAAAAAAAGCAAAAGGAAAAUAAUACUAACGAAGAAAAGAUUGUUAAGCCAUAAAUAUGCUUUUAUGCAAGAUAUGAUUACUAAGAAUUCUUCUCUUCAACGUACAUCAAAGGAGAACAUAUCUUCAAACAAUCAAACUUAUUUUCAAUCGAAAACGCAACACGAUUAUUCUUCACAAAUACAUCAACCUAUGCAUAUGAAGAAAACGAAAGAAAAAAGUAAUGGAAACUGCCAAUCACAUAUAAUAAAAAAGAAUUACAUUAAAUGGACAAAUGCGGACGAAUUGAAGAAAUGCUUGUCAUUUAUGAUAGAACAUAAUCAGGAAUUAAUAACAGAAUUGGAAAACACCACUGAUUUUCUGACAAGAGAAAAAAAUUGCCGCUUGCAUGCUGAAGAAGCAUACCAGAAAAUCCAACCUCAACUCGAAAAUCUUAGGAAUAAAAUUGCCGUGCAAAAUUCUAUUCAUUCAAAUAUGUGUUGCAAAAACCAAGUUUAUAUAAACCUACAAAAUGUAUUUAAAAAGUUUAAAAUAUUUACGAAUGAAAAAAUGAUGGAAGAAAGAAGUCUUAAAAAAAAAGUUAACAGAAACAGAAUCAAUUCCAUUGUUUAUUAAAAUACUAUAAUAAUCAAUCGUAUGAAGAUAAAGUCACCUAUCCUAUAUUUGUAUAAAAGACUGAAUUUUCUGAGAUAAGAAGACAUAGGUCUAAUAAUUCUAAAUUAUUAAUGUUUUUCUCGUGCAUUAUAAUUAAAUGUUAAUUUGUAUAAAUGU